AUGAAAACGGACAUAUUCAGAGCUAAUGUUGAUCUUCCACAAGAUCUGCCUAAGUCCUGUAGUUUAGCAACAUUCCUCUGCUAUAUGAAGCAUGACAACAUAACUUAUUUUUCCUUAGAGUUAGGCAUAGAUGUUCUCCAUCAUUUAGGCCUAAGUGGGCAAGCUAUGCAUCAUCCAACAACAGGGUCUACGAUAGACUUGUCACAUGCUUCAUCACCUCAAGGGAUUCAACUAACUGCAUUUGGAGUUCUUUUAUCCACUCAGACAGCCAUUGAAGUUCCCAUCUCUCAAGUGGGAGCAGCAGCCUUCGGUUCCAAUUUUGCCAUACUAAUUAGCUUAUGCUCUUACAGAGUAAACAAUGCCUUUCUUUUCAGUAUUAGGAAUAAAAAUAGACUCCAGUUUGGUAUACAGCUGCUACCAAGGAAGAUAAUGGUGCACACUGGAGGGAAGCACUCUGUAUACUUUGAUUAUCGGGUUCACGACGAGCAGUGGCACACAUUUGCUAUUGAUGUUACAGAAAAAUCGGUCUCCCUAUUUACUCAAUGUGGAAGGAAACACUUCAGCAAGGAGAUUCUUUCCAAAGUACAGUUUGAUUCACACAGCUUAUUUACCUUAGGAAGAAUGAACCCCCAGUCAGUCAACUUUGAAGGUGUGUUAUGUCAGCUGGAUAUUAUCCCCUCUGCACAAGCCUUGACAAACUAUUGUAAAUAUGUGAAACUACAGUGUCGCCAAGCUGAUACAUACCGAUCUCAUACAAUUUCUCCAAGCGUGGUAGACUCAAGCAAGCUGUUGGAUGAAGUAACUCAACCAUUAAAUAAAAGAAAAGGUACACUAAAUCUUCCUAUCAGUAAGUCAGCAUCGGUCAAAGAUCCUCAAGAAUUGAUGGAGACAACUUCUUCCUUGACUCCUCUUUCCUUAGGGAAUAUUGCUGCCUUGUCAGAACCAAAUGACGAGCAAAUUGUGAAUGUCUCCAAAGAACAUCAACAUUAUGUUAUUAAAAGGAAAGGGGAUUCCUUGCCUCUAACAAAAUUAACUUUAAAUCAUACAGACUCUGUGAAACAAAAUAUAAAAAGAAAAGCGAAUUCCAAUUUGCUGUUUUCCAUAAAGCAGCCUAAAGCCAAACAUAUGAUGAAAAAUACAUCAAAGCCAUAUUUAUAUGAACAAAUGGAUAUGCAUCAGUUUUUAAAUACAACAUUGUAUGAGGAUUUUCAUUCCGAACCUUUAAUUAAUCGGUUUAGCUCAUGGGAUGAGCAUACAGUUCAGACUGAUGAGAUUUAUAAUGGAGAAGGCAACUAUGAAUUUGAUGCAGUUUAUUAUGACUAUGAUUAUGAAGAAUGGGAGAGACUACUUGACAUGGAAAAUCUUAAGGGGUCUAAAGGAGAUCCUGGACAGGUGGGACCCCCAGGUCUUCCAGGAUUACCUGGCCCAGCAGGAAAGCGAGGCCCAAGAGGUAUUCCAGGCCCACACGGAAAUCCUGGGCUGCCAGGUUUGCCUGGUCCAAAGGGUCCUAAAGGUGAUCCAGGGUUUUCCCCAGGACGAGCAAAGCGUGGAGAAAAAGGUGAUGCAGGACUAACAGGGCUACCUGGCAUAGAGGGCCGCAAAGGUGAAAAGGGUUUAGUGGGCUAUCCAGGACCAAGAGGGAUACAAGGGGAACAAGGAAUUCUAGGAUUGACUGGCAACCCUGGGGCUCUUGGUUACCCUGGCAGGCAGGGUUUAGCAGGACCCGAAGGUAACCCAGGCCCUAAAGGCGUAAGAGGUUUCAUUGGAUCUCCGGGAGUAGCUGGGAAUCCUGGACCUGAGGGAGAAAGAGGUAUUCCAGGCUUACAUGGGAAAAGAGGUAUAAAGGGGAGAAUAGGAUUGCCAGGUGAUUUUGGAAACAGAGGCCCUCCUGGUCCUGACGGAAGCCCUGGAAAUGUUGGUGGUGUUGGUCCUCCUGGAUUUCCUGGACUUAGAGGUAUUGUGGGAAAAGCUGGACCAUCGGGACUUCCUGGAAUUCCUGGACCUCCGGGUCUUCCAGGGAGUAUGGGGCAACCUGGAUUGAAAGGUGAUAAGGGUGAACAAGGCAUUACAGGAGAGCAAGGAGAGGUGGGGUAUCCAGGAGACAAGGGUGCUGUUGGUUUGCCAGGGCUUCCAGGAAAUCGAGGAAAACCAGGACCCUCGGGCAAAAUGGGAGAUCCAGGACCUCAGGGACCAUCAGGCCCACCUGGACCAGAGGGUUUUCCAGGAGAUAUUGGUGUGCCAGGUCCAAAUGGUCCAGAAGGCCCAAAGGGUUUUCUAGGUGACAGAGGUCCUCUCGGUCCACCUGGUCCCAAAGGAGUGGAGGGAGAAGAAGGACCUAUUGGGCCAGUUGGAGUAACUGGACCAAGGGGGAAACCUGGAAGGAAAGGUUUUGCAGGUGAACCAGGACUAGAAGGCCUGAAGGGAGAAACAGGAGACCAAGGAGGUCUUGGGAAAACCGGUGAAACAGGACCUAUUGGCUCACCUGGAGAAAUUGGACUAUCUGGGGGACCUGGUGAGAAGGGAGACAGAGGUAAUCCAGGCCCAGUGGGCCCUCCUGGAGAAAAAGGUGUCACGGGAUACCCUGGUCCACCAGGUGGCCCUGGUGAUGUAGGGCCACAGGGACUACCUGGACCUCAAGGAGCACGAGGACCACCUGGAUCACAGGGUUCUAAAGGUCGAAGAGGACCACGAGGCCAAGAUGGUCCUCUGGGAGAACAAGGGACAGAAGGUAUUAAGGGAGAAGUUGGUGACCCUGGGAAAAAAGGCAUUCCUGGUCUCAUUGGAAAAGCUGGAAUCCCUGGAGAAAGAGGCAAUCCAGGAGCACCAGGUUUGCCUGGCCUUCCUGGAAGUAUAGGAGAUACAGGUCCUUCAGGUGAACCAGGACCGAGGGGAGAACAAGGUGAUGCUGGCCCUGUAGGUGAAGCUGGCUUUGAGGGAUCACCUGGCCCAGAGGGAGAACCAGGACCACAAGGAGAACCAGGCACAAGGGGAGAUUCUGGACCAGUUGGCAAUAUUGGAGCACCAGGUGAACAAGGUGUAAGAGGUAUUCGAGGACCACCAGGAGAAGAUGGUGUUCAAGGAAAAGAUGGAUUAAAGGGCAGUUUAGGAGACCCUGGCCUUCCUGGAGAAAAUGGUGAAAAAGGAAAAAUUGGAAUUCCAGGUCUUACUGGCCCUCCGGGUGAACCUGGAAUCAGAGGCAUUCCAGGUCCUGAGGGAACACAAGGAAGUCCAGGUCAAAGGGGUCGUCCAGGAAAGAAGGGUGAAAAGGGUCAUCAUGGUUUCCCAGGAGAAAUUGGAGCUACGGGUGAACCUGGCAAGACUGGGGAAAUUGGUCCAAAGGGUUCAAGAGGAACUAGAGGACCAGUGGGACAUUUAGGAGCAAUGGGAUCAGCAGGAAAACCAGGAAUUCCAGGUUAUGGGGGUCACCAAGGUCCACCAGGAGCACUUGGCCCUCCCGGACCCAAAGGAGAGAAAGGUUACCCUGGGGAAGACAGCUCAAUGCUAGGACCACCUGGGCCCCUAGGUGAACCAGGUCCUACUGGUGAAUGGGGAGAGAGAGGAGAACCUGGUGACAUAGGUUACAUGGGUCACCCAGGACUCCCAGGACUUAGAGGUGCUAUUGGACAACAAGGGCCACCAGGUGAGCCAGGUGAACAGGGUGAGCAAGGACCAAAAGGAGAAAGGGGAUCUCGAGGUCCUAAUGGGAAAAAAGGAUCAAGUGGUCAGCCUGGGAAACCUGGAAUGCCUAGUGAACCCGGUCCUGUUGGUCAGAAAGGUGUAACUGGCAACCCUGGACCAGAAGGUGUACCUGGAAAUCCUGGAAAACCAGGGUUACCUGGACAGCAUGGCCUUCCUGGUACUAGAGGAAGCCCAGGAAUAGCUGGACUAGCAGGAUAUCCUGGGAGUCAUGGACCAAAAGGUUCACCAGGUUUGUCAGGAAGCCCUGGCCUCCCAGGACUAAAGGGUGAACAAGGGCUUCGGGGACAUCCAGGAAAGCAAGGUAGAAGAGGACGUCCAGGGACACAAGGUGAUCAAGGCCCACUAGGACUUCCUGGCCAGAAAGGACUCGCCGGAGAAUUUGGAGAUCAAGGUAUGAUGGGAUUUCAAGGAUUUCCAGGUCCCAAGGGCCCUGAAGGUGAUCAUGGUUUAAUUGGAAUUUUGGGACCAAAAGGCCCAAUAGGUGAAAUAGGAAACACAGGCCCUGUAGGUUACGAAGGUAUUGUUGGUCCAGCUGGCAAAACUGGACAAAGAGGAGAAAAGGGAUCCAGAGGUGAAAUUGGCCCUCAAGGACCCCGCGGUCGUCCAGGUCCGCCUGGUCCACCAGGAGCCCCUGGACCAAGAAAACAAAUAGACAUGAGUGCCACUAUUCAAGCCUUGCUUGAAUCAAAUGCUGCCUUAGAAAUGGAGAAUUAUCAGAACACUGAAGUGACUUUCCUAGACCAUAGUGCCAAAAUAUUCAAAACACUACAUUAUCUGAGCAAUUUACUCCAUAGCAUCAAAAACCCAUUGGGAACCCGAGAUAAUCCAGCACGUAUCUGCAGAGAUUUGCUCAACUGCGAACGUAAAGUGUCUAAUGGAAAAUAUUGGAUUGAUCCAAAUAUUGGGUGCCCUUCAGAUGCUAUUGAGGUUUUUUGCAACUUCACUGCUGGUGGCCAGACAUGUUUAUCUCCUGUAUCAGUCACAAAGUUGGAAUUUAACAUUGGAAAAGUACAGAUGAACUUCCUUCAUUUACUUAGUUCAGAAGCAACCCACACUAUUACAGUUCAUUGCCUAAAUACCCCAGUGUGGAAAACUAAUGAACUACAUGAUCAGAAACCUUCCCUGAUCUUCAAAGGAUGGAAUGGUGAUAUUUUUGAAGCAAACACGCUGCUUGAACCAAAAGUUCUUAUGGAUGAAUGCAUGAUUCAAGACGGCAACUGGCACAAAACCCAGUUUUUUUUCCACACUCAAGACACAAAUCAACUACCAGUUGUUCAGGUUCAUCCAUUUUCUCAUCUCAAUCAGGGACAACAGCGAUACAUAGAAAGUGGCUUGGUGUGCUUUCUCUAGGAUUUUGACUAAACCUCUUCAUAUCGCCAUAUACAGAACACAAGAAAUAACUACAAAACUGUGGAACAAUUUGUACAGCAAUAUGCUGGUGAAUUCUUUAAAGAAUCUCAGGAAGAAAAAGACUUCCUCCUAUGAAGGAGAAAUGGCUUUAAAAAAAACUUUUGACAACAUUAAUAAAAUAUUUAAUUUUUGGUUGGUGCUUUUUAUGAUAUUCUCUGAACCAAAGAAUAUGCAUAUAUGGAAAUUCUUCUUGAUUUUAUUAUUCAGCACUGUCUAGGACACCUUAAAGAAAGAUGGAAGAAUGCAGUAAAAUGGAGCAGUAUGGUUUACGCUCCCAAAUGUGCAAUAGCUUAUGUUAUACUGACAAUGAGUUACGCCGCCAUAAAAUCCCUUAAAACACUUUAGUUGAAUGAUGGUCCUUUUCGGACACAAACAUCUUCACAGAUGAUCCACUACCUCUUUCGUGUUUCCUGUUUGUGUGGCCUGGCGCUCCAUAUAUAACAUAAAGUGUUAUUUUUUCUUUACUUUUUUUUUUUAGGCUGUAUGUGCUGGUUACAUCAAAGAAACUCUUCAUUGUAAAAUUGUGUCUUAAAAAUAUUUGGUCACAUAGUUCAUGAUAACUGAAAACAUUAAUUUAUGUGAAAAUCUUGUUUUGAAAAUAUUUCUGUCUGUAACAUGAAAUGGAUGGGACAGACAUAUCUUGGUGCUUAUAAAAAGAACAGAAUUUUGUACUUGUAGAAGGACUACGUACAAUGAUUUUUAAAGAUGUUAACUUU